CAAAUCCUUAAAUUAUAUGGAUUCCCAAUUAAUUCAGACUUAUCUGCAUCACAAGUACAGAUGUCAAAACAAAGUUCGGUUUCGCUCUUCACAAGGCCAUCAUCGUGCGAAAGCUUGAGAUCGGGCAGCAUCCUUCGCGUGGUAUCGCACGAUCAAAGAUAAGACACAAUACUACUGUCUUCUUCUUUUUUUAAUGCCAACCAUUAUAGCGAGGGGCCCAGAGGAAAAGAGUGGGCAACUUGCUUACGAUAUCCACGGACCGACCUUCGUUUCCUUCGCAGGUUUAUUUAUAUAUUUUGCGAUCUAAGUGAACACUUAGCUCGCGAAGUUAUCCCCAUCACUGUAGCAAAACUCUCAUGCAUGUGCAGGUUGAUCAUGAAGAGCUGCAUUUAUACAAAAUUAGUUGGCGAGAGGACUUCUCUCGGAGCAACUCGAAGAAAACUUCCGCAGAAACGAGAAAAUAAUGACAGGAAAUUAAGCAGGAGCGUCAAAAGGAUAAGAGCUGACAUGGUUGAGAUCAGCGAGGGACAAAAACGCAUAAGAGAGGGACAGAAGGAAAUCAGGAAAAGAUUUCAAGAAAUAAGCGAAGAGGCUGCCAAACUGAGAGAGGAAACUAACGUAAUCUCCAAGCAGAGCUCUGAAAAUCAGCUCAGGAUUGAUCUAAUGCUUCAAAUAGUCAAAGCAAGAGCAGAGAAUGAUCAUGCCAAAGACGCCUUGCUCACUCAAACCUUACGGGAUUUGAUGGGAAAACGGAACUUGAGCAAAAGCAAUCCUUCCGAGGAGAAACAAGAAGAACAAUGAGUUGUAUACAAACCAUGUUAAUAAAGUGCUAUCCCCAUGUUUCUUUUGAGUUGUAGUUGUGAUCUAUUCAAACCAUGAGAACGAUAUUAAUGCUACAGUUUAAUGAUAUUUACGUUAUUGUUUGUUUA